UUCUCCGCAUGCUCCUACACGCACACCUCCUACGCAACCUCCUCUCCGCAUCCCAUCUCCAGGCAGCGACCUCCAUGCACUGAGAGAGACCCAGAUAACAGCAUCACUCUGUCAAGAGGAUAUAGCCAAAGACGAAACCGAAAAGAGAAACAUGGCGCUCAUCCCUUCCCAGGUUUUAAGGGUAGCGAUCCUCCUGUCGUAUUUCUCCAUCCUCUGCAAUUAUAAAGCAAUUGAUAUGCCCGCUCAUCAAACUUACGGCGGUAGCUGGAAGUUUUUAACAUUCAUAGAUCUGGUCAUCCAGGCGGUGUUCUUCGGUGUGUGUGUGCUGACUGACCUGUCCAGCCUGCUGACCAAAGGCAGUGAGAGUCAGGAGCAGGAGAGACAGCUGAAGAAACUGAUCAGCUUGAGGGACUGGAUGAUGGCUGUGCUGGCUUUCCCAGUCGGAGUGUUUGUCGUGACCAUGUUCUGGGCCCUCUACCUCUACGACAGAGACCUGGUGUACCCGAGACUACUGGACAACUUCAUACCACAGUGGCUAAACCAUGGGAUGCACACUACAGUGCUUCCCUUCAUCUUAAUUGAGAUGAGAACGACACAUCACCAGUAUCCCAGCAGGCUCUGUGGACUGCUGGCAGUGUGCAGCUUUGCAGUGGGUUAUGUUCUCUGGAUGUGUUGGGUUCACCAUGUCACAGGGGUGUGGGUGUACCCUCUGUUGGAGCACAUCGGCCCCGUCGCCAAGGUCGUCUUCUUCUCCUCCCUGACCGCAUUGAUUAACAUCUACUACGUCCUCGGGGAAAUACUCAACAGCUACAUUUGGGACUCCUCAAAAUGUGUUCCAGACUCAGACAAACCCAAAACAGACUGAAACCCAGGACAGAAGAGGAAGUGUCCAUUUGCUGCGUUACACUCUCAGUAUAAACCCAGCACUUGCAAGGCCAGAACUUAAAAAAACAUAUCUUGUAUAAAUUAUGUGCUGGAAGAAUCAAAUUUGAUUGCUUCAUUUUUGUAACAGAACCUAUAAGCUAUUUUUUUUUUUUUUUUUGCCAAUGGAACCCCCCUUCGGGUUGUUGGAAUGUGUCUCAGAGCUCAGAGAACGCCUGAAAGUUGUCAUUGAGAAAUUAAUCUUUCAGUGUCACGGGAGUAGAUACAUCGCUGAGGGAGGGUUCUAUGAAUUCAGGUAUUAUUCUUUUUAUCAAGUUAAUAUGUUCUGAAGACCAGCUAUAAUUUGAGCACCUAAUUUCUCAUGUCUCAUAUUAAAUUAUCUUUUUUUCUUCAAGUAUAUUUAAGAUGCUUACAUGCACUAAGAAUUAGAUUUCUUUUUUUCUGAACGUGGAAAAGUUUCUAUCAGAGCUGCUGAACAUGAAUGCUAGCCUUUUCAUGGCUUCGCUUAGAGCUGUGCUACAGAAUGUAAUUCUCUAGAACAGCCAAAAACAGGGAAUAAUUGCUUUCAAAGCAGCAUUCUUGUGUUGUAUGAUUUUUUGUUGUAUGUUUUUUGUCACUUGACCACUGAUGUUUCACCUUAUGGUCUUCCAUUUAAAAAAGGUGUUAAUUAAUGGACAUAUUUGGAUCAGAGCAAUCAGAAGUUGAGACAGUGACGGGGCAUUCUCUUUAAGCUUAUUUUCAAGGCACCAAGAGCUGUUCUCUGGGAAUUUAUCUGUAGCUUACCUGACCAUUCUCUUUUAAGAUACAAUUUCAAUUACCAAUCAAUAUUAACUUAAGGUUUUCUAGGAAACCUCAGUAAGUGCAUGAACCUUCAGGGGAAGUGUUUAGUUGGACGUACCAAGGAGACUCCAAGUACUUUGCCUACAGAAAUAAAAAAAAAUGAUAUUGGGAUGUCCAACAAAGUACUUUUCCUGGGUUUAUUUGGUCACAGAACAACCCUGGGUGCCUUGUGCUGUGGCUGUCCACUGUGAAUGAGGAGGGAAAAGCUUUGUGAAGGGGGUUUGGCUGCGGCUGCCUCCCUCUCAGGUUCAGCUCAAUGGGCUGUCCCAGGGACGGGAGGGGCAGCUAUUCAAUUAAAGAGAAAAAUCACUCCGUUUAUGAUUUACUGUUUGUGCUGUAUUUUCUCUGGCGUUUCUCUGCCCAGCGACAGACACAGGCCGAGCCCAAACAUAACAAUUCCUUUGCACUGCACAGAGCAAGCAUUUAACAAGAAGCACACAUUCCAGCCCUCUGGAGAAGGACUUAGUUCCCACAGCAGUACAUUAAAAAAGAUGUGUUUGUGCGUGUGUGCA